ACCACGCAGGCCACGUGACAUGGAUUCAUCAAUGCUCCGGGUGAUCUUUGGACACAGAAUUGAGAAACUGUCUCUUCUGUCUGGAAUACCAGAUACUGUUGAGGAGCUGAAUUUGGCCAUCAAACAGACAUUAGACAUCAAAGAUGACUUCAGCCUGCAGUAUUUAGAUCCAGAUUUUGAUGACUUUUUUACUCUCAACUCCACUGCUCAAAUUAAACACAAAUCCACAAUUAAGGUUGUGACACUCGAACCAAUAGUUCUCAAUUUGUACCCAGUACCACACAAUGAAAGCUGCAACGAAAGUGUGACCUCAGAGCAAUCCUUUACUCCAGCCUCCACAAGUUCCACUGCACAGGACUCCCCUGACUCAUGUGAUUCUUGUGCAAGCACAAUCAUCCUGUCACCAAACAGAAGCGCACAAAGGAAGCCAUGGCCAGCUGAAUUCAUCAUUCCACAGUUCUCUGUUGAAACUGAUGUUGUUCUUGAAAGAGCCAAUGAACUUUACAAAAAAGAUGGCACACUGCUGACUUAUCCAAACAUGAAGUCAGACAUACUUGAAAAGCUAGCUCAGUCCAUUUAUACAUACACUGCCUACCCAUCAUCCCUGCAAGUUCUAUCUGUUGCUGAAGCACUUAUUAAGGCCCACCCAUGUCUGAAGGAUCCGGGGAGCUCUUCAGGUCUCAGUGGAUGGCAGACUAGCAUUAAAUACAAAAUGGCUAACUACAGAACAAAGCUAAGAGGCUAUGGUAUGCCAGAUGUUACAUGCAAUUCUCUGAAACAUAAAUGCCCAGAUGACAGGAAGUCUGCUAAAAAUGUUAAAAAGGCAAGAAGAGCAGAGGUCAAUUACCUCCCACCCUACCCAGCGGGUGAAGAUGAGCACAGCUUGGAACAAGCAAGGGAAGAACUAGUCACUGAAUCAAAGAAGAAGAACAACGAAAAGAUGGUCGGUGAUAAAAUGAGCAAGACAUUUGCCCUCAGACGACAUGAAGUCAUCAAUCAGUGUCCAAGUGUUCAAACCAUGAAGGACCGCUGGCCUGCCCUGUUUAAUUGUUCUCAAAUCAGUGCAGAAUUUCAGAGAAUAACCACUGUGCAUCUGGAACCCAAAUUUAUGUCUGGGUUGGACCUUCACACUCCCAAGCUACUGAAGCUGUUUCAUGCCAAAGGUGGAGCGCUUGGACAAAGACUGAAGAUCAUAAUGGAACCACUGGAGAACUCUGCAUGCCCUUCUGUUGAGAUGGCCAGAGAGGUUGUCCUUAGGUGUCUUAUAGAAUACCUUGGAGAGCAUGGGGAACAUCUCAUCAAAGAGUUCAGUGGUACCGAGAACUUGGAGGAACUUGGACAGAUUGUAGUGGCAAUAACUGUGAUCACAAAGGACAUAGCCUCCACAAGUGACAGCCCAAAGGAAAUUGGAGUCGUCAUUGAGGGCAUGGAAGUCAUCAAAGGACUUGGAGAUAUUGCCAGGGCUUGCUGUCUCCUCUUGGGCUUGACCUAUGCACUGAAUCUCAAUUAUCCCAAGCAGCUGAAGUACACCUUUGAGGUAUUCCAAAAACUUUUCUUGGAACUGGAUGCAUCAAAGCUAUCAACGAAAGUCCAGUCCCUCAAAAGCAAACUUCUGGCUUGAAGUGAAACUAUGGUCGCACACUUUUGUGCCACACAAGGUUCAGAUUUAAGAGAUUGAGAUUGCAUGUUUGAAAGUGCCAAAUGUCAGUGACAUUUCUGUUGUGGUCAGAGCAAGGUAAAAAUGUUUAUAUACAAAAUGUUCUUUUACAUGUUAUCUGUUUUGGCACAUGCACAUUUCAAGGAUUUGUGCUUUUUCUUUAAGAUCAUAACUGGUAUAAUUUAGUGGCUCACUGUGCUGAAGAAGCAAGCAGAGGAUUUUUCUUUUCAACAAGACAAUUCUUUCAGUUUAUACAAUGACCAUAAAUGGUCUCCUCUCUUAUUUGUCACAAGCAUUUAAUUUAGCCAGUGGGGUAUGUUCUUGAUUCACAGGAGAAUCUCAGCUCCCAAUAUGUGCCCGUUCCCUUCUACCUUGCAGCAUAUAGUGACCAAUAAGGAUAUUUCACUUGAGGUUUUUUUUUUUUUUAAAAGACUAAGCUCAUCCACUCAGAAUGAAUCAUUUCAAGAUGGGGAAUAUUUCAAACAAAACUCAUUUUUUGCUGUAGAGGAACCAAGAAUAGCAUUAAUUCUCUACAUUGAUUAUUUUUGAGAAUUCCAUUAGGAACAUUGUGUAAAAAACAAAGCCUCUUGAAAGAUUUGUGUCUUAAAAAGAAUAGUUUUGUGUGUCUACAGUUUUUGUUGUCAGUGCUGAAAAGAAUAUUAAAGGGACAGUAUAUUGUGUGGCAGCAGACAACCUUGGUCCGCACUCUCUUGGUGGACUUGUUGAAAGCUUUACAGGUCCUUACGUUUGCAGGUUCUGCUUAGGACAAGGUAAAAAUGUUUAUCUACAAAUUAUUAUUUUACAUGUUUUCUGUUGUGGCACAUGCACUUAUGAAGGAUUAGUGCUUAUGAUCUUUGUGUUAAGAUCAUAACUGAUAUAAUUUAGUGUCUCACUGAGGCGAGGAAGCAAGCAGAGGAUUUCUCCUCUCUUAUUUGUCACACACAUUUAAUUUAUUUGUAAAUUUAAGUUGGUAGGACAGUGUAGGCAUGCCCUAACUUUUUUUAGUUCUUCUCGACAGGUACUCUGGCAACUGUACUGUUCAAGGUCAGCAUUUAUACUUUUAUAAUUAAAAAUGUUUUGG